AUGGCACCAGGCCCGGAACCUUCCUCCCCCUUCCCCGGCGACAGCAGCCCUCUUCCUCCUUUUCCAUCGAAGCCCCACUCCUCUUUUCCGGACAUCCCGCCCUUUCCCGCCGACGUCCCCACGUGCCCGCUCGUACGCGUGUCGCUUUCGCGCCUGCUGCACGGCGACGCGGACGAAGAAGAUGCGCUGUGGCGCGCGUGCUGCGACCUGGGCUUCUUCUACAUCGACCUACGCGGCGGAGAGAUCGGCGACGAUGAUUAUGACGACGAGGUCGUUCAGGGUGGGGGUGCUGGUGGCGGAGCGGUGAGGAGGAGCUCGCGGCAGGUCGAGGUGCAUGUGGAUGGCGAGCAGCUGUUGGAGGAUGCCGAGACGUUGUUUGAGGUGCAGAAGGGGUUCUUCGAUCUUCCGGUCGAGGAGAAGACGAAGUACGACUUCAGCGCGGAGGGCAGUUAUUUCGGGUACAAGGGCUACGGCGCAGGCAUCAUCGACAAGGACGGCACGAAAGAUCGCAACGAGUUCUACAACACCUCAAAAGAUGAUAUCCUCGGCCACUCGGCGCCGCUACCCGCACCCUCGAUGCUGCGGCCGCACCGGCGGCUACUCAACUCCUUCAUCCGCGAAUCCCACUCCCUCGUCAACCUCAUCCUCCGCAUCCUCGACGCGCGCCUGGGCCUGCCGAGCGGCACGCUGCCCGCGCUGCACCGGCUGACGGCGCCGUCGGGCGACCAGGUCCGCUUCGUCAAGGCGCCGCCGCAGCCGCGCGACGACGCGCGCGUCGCGCUGGGCGAGCACACCGACUUCGGCAGCGUCACGGUGCUGUUCAACCGCGUGGGCGGCCUGCAGGUGCUGCUGCCGCCGGGCAUGGAGCCGGUGCAUCCUUCGACGACCUCCUCGGCCGACGUGGACCGGGAAGAGACUAGGAGAGACAGCGCCAACGCGGUGACGACGUCGUCGGGGUCGCCGGGCAAGGAGACGGCGCGCGAGACGUGGGCGUACGUCCGCCCGCUGCCCGGCCACGCCAUCGUCAACCUCGGCGACGCCCUCGUCAAGAUGACGAGCGGCAUCCUCCGCUCCAACAUCCACCGCGUCGCGCCGCCGCCCGGCGAGCAGGCCGAGUGCACGCGGUACAGCUUGGUGUACUUUGCGCGGCCGGAGGACGACGUCGUGUUGCGGGUGCUGGAGGGCAGCGAGAGGAUCGAGGAGAAGGUCAGGGAGGCGGGGCAGGUGUUGGGGAGGGAGAGGGAGGAGCGGGCGGUCAGCGCGAAGGAGUGGAUCUUGCGGCGGGCGUUGGCGAGGCGGACGGGCGGGAAGUGGGAGGAUAGCGCGGGGACGGAGGAAAUCAGUCGGAGGAGAGGGAAUGGGGUUGCGGUUUGA